AACUGAAUGUCAACAACAAACGCGCGCUUGUAUUGUAAACGGUCAUUGUUCAAAAAAUAAUGAUAUUUACAAGUCAAUAAUAUUGUAAUUGCUUGAAAAUCCAUUCCAACUUCGAUUAUCAUAUCAUCCGUUCACGUGUAAGUUUACUACAAAAUGCAGAAAACUAGAAAAAAAAGGAAUGAACAAGACGAAGAAAUGGAGGUCGAAGAAUCUCCGGGCGAAAACGGCGGGACCCAAAUUUCUGACCAAGAUUGCCUGAUAAACGGCGAUCUUGACCACAUAUCCGAUGAUGAGGAAGGGGGCGUGCGGAUUGGUGAGAUUUACAUUCCUCCUGCACCAAAACCUGCACUCACAUUUGAUGCUACGGGACCAAGAAUGAUUAUAACCCAUAUUGUGAAUGAGAAUUUCAAGAGUUAUGCAGGCAUACAGACUUUAGGACCAUUUCAUAAGAGUUUCACAGCAAUAAUAGGACCCAAUGGCAGCGGUAAAAGCAAUGUGAUUGACUCAAUGCUCUUUGUAUUUGGUUACCGAGCCUCCAAGAUUCGGUCUAAAAAGAUUUCGGUCCUCAUUCAUUCUUCAAGCAAAUUUCCUAAUGUUCAGAGUGCCAGUGUUGCUGUACAUUUCUGCCAGAUUGUUGAUGGGGUAAGUUCUGUUAUUUAUUUUGUUUUUCUACCUUUUUUCCUGGCUAUGUAUAUUCCAUAUGUUUUACCAGUCGAUAUUAUUUUUCAGGGCGAAGUAGAACAAAUCGCAAUGAUGAAGCCUAAAGCACAAACUGAACAUGAGUCGGGAAUGUUAGAAUAUUUGGAGGAUAUUAUAGGUACUUCAAGAUACAAGGAACCAAUAGAACAACUAUCCGUGAAAGUAGAGGAGUUAAGUGAGAUGCGCAAAGAGAAAUUAAACCGAGUUCGUCUCGCCGAACAAGAGAAGCAACAGUUAGAAGGACCCAUGAAAGACACCAUAGAGCUUAUAAAUCUGAUCAAUAUUUGGGCUCAAGCCAGAAAUAAGCUUUUGCAAAAAUAUGUACGCGAGGCAAACUUAAUUGUAGAAAAGAGACGCCAGGAAAUGAUUGAGGUAGCCGAAAAAUUGGAGGAGAUCGACGCGAAUUUGGCUAGAAUCAGGAACAAAUUGCAGGACAAAAAAGGACUGCUCAAAGCUGGGAAUAAAAAGUACGAUGAACUCCGGAAGCAAAAAGACGAUUUAACCGAGAAACUUCAAGCGAUGAAAAGGAAAACUGUUACCAUACAAGCGGAUAUAACUCAAAGUAAUAAGAAAAGGAAAAAUUUAGAACAACUCUUGGAACAGGAAAAAGGGAAACUAAUUGAUUUGGAAUUGAUUCCCGAGAAGAACAAGCGAGAAAUAGCAGAAUGUGAGAAAUUACUUCAAAAGCAUAUAGAGAAUAAAGAAAACUCCGAAAAAGAAUUAGAAGCUGUUAUGGCGGGAGUUAGAUCAAAAACACAAGGUCUUCAAGAACAGAAGGACCGUAUUCAAGCCAGGCUAAUGGACUUUAAGAGGACAGUUGAAGAAGCGAAAAAAGAUUAUAACUUGGCUGAAUCGCAACUUAAAAUUUACUUAAGUGUCGAAACAAAGGAAACUGAGAAGUUGCGGAAGAUGAAGGAAGCUUACGAAAAAGCGGCGCAGGAUUUGAUAUCAAAGAAAACUCUGCAAGAAGAAUUGGAGUCGUCAGUACCAACGAACGAGAGACAAUUGAAUGAAUUACAAUCUCGACUACAAGCCAUAAAGAGAGAAGAGUCUAGCGUUUCUUCUGAUUCAAGAUCCUUGAGAGCGCAACUAGAAGAAUCGAGACAAGCGAUGAGUGCUAACAAAUCCCGUGGAAGAGUACUCGAUGCUCUUAUGAAGGAGAAACGGAAUGGAAACAUACCCGGCAUUUUUGGAAGAUUGGGAGAUUUAGGAGGUAUAGAUACAAAAUAUGACGUCGCAAUAUCGACGUGUUGCGGCGCUCUAGACAACAUUGUAGUGGACACAGUGGAAACUGCCCAAGCAUGCGUGGAACAUCUAAAACGUCAUGACAUAGGGCGCGCUACCUUCAUAGCUCUGAAUAAACAAGAGCACUUGAAACAGCAAUAUGAAAUGCGGAUUACUUAUCCUGAAAACGUACCCCGCCUCUUCGACCUGGUAAAAAUAAAAGAUGAAAGGGUAUUACCAGCUUUCUACUUUGCAUUAAGAGAUACUCUGGUAGCGAACGACCUGGACCAAGCCUCCAGGAUCGCUUAUGGAGCUACAAGAUACAGGGUGGUCACGUUGAAAGGAGACGUAAUUGAAAUUGCAGGUUCAAUGACUGGCGGCGGAAAAACAACAAUGCGCGGCCGAAUGUCGAGUUCGGUGCAGCAAGACACUAGCGAGCAAGACCCCGCGGCUGUACAGGCCAAUGAAAGGAAGUUGGCGGCUUUAGAACAGAGGCUCACAGAACUGCGCAGUGAGCAAGCGGGCCUAGAAGAUCAAAUAGUUACACUUCAAAGACAAACUCGGGAAGGGAAAACGACACUGCAUAAACUCAACGUCGAACUCCGGAGCUUGACUGAGCAAGUGCCUGUUUUGGAGAACCAAAUAACGCAACAAGAGCAACGCGCAGCGGCAAGCAAGGUCGACCCACAGCAGAAAGCAAACAUGGAAGCAACGCUGAAAGAGGCUGAAGAGAAGUUGGACAAAGCCAAGCAUGAUGCUGGAGAGGUAGAAAAAGAAGUACGCGGCGUUGACGCCCAAAUAGCAGCCGUAGCCGGCGGCAAAGUCAAGGACCUGCAAAAAAUAGUUGACGAACUCACAAAGAAGAUCAACAAAGUCUCUACAGAGAUAACCAAGCUCAAAGUUGCUAUUAACACUAGUGUUCGGAAUGCAAAAAAAUCAAAAGACACAAUCAACCAAAUGGACACGGAUCUCCGAAACACACAGCAGAACUUGGAAAGCUUAAAUGAGCAGAAAAAACAACUCACUUUGGACACAGCUCAACACCAGAAACUCAUUGAAGAGCUCGAAGAAGGAAUAAACGAAGGUGCAGACGAGUUCACAGAUUUAAGGGCGGAAAUAGCCAGACUGCAAGACAAGGAGGACCAGAUAAAAAGCGAACGCGUCGACGCACAAAACGUUUACAACUCUAAGGAAAAGAAUUUAAAUGAUGCUCAAGCCAGUAAACCUUCGUGGGAAAAUGAGUUACUUGCUUUACAUUUGGAAGAGCCAGGUUACGAUAAUUUGCCUGGUUACGUUAUACACGAGCCCCUGCGAACGUUGACAAACGAUGAACUGGAAGAAUUCACUCUGGAUGAAAUUAGGAACAUAGCGGCUGCGCACAGAGCUCGUUUUGGUGAACAGAAACCUAAUUACAGGACUAUUCAGGAAUACAAAGCUAAAGAAGAGUUGUAUUUGCGACGAGCAGCCGAAUUAGAUGAAAUAACGACCAGGAGAAAUGAUAUGAGGACGCUCUAUGAUCAAUUGAAGAAGAAACGAACUACUGACUUCUUGUGCGGUUUUAACACAAUAACUACAAAGUUAAAGGAAAUGUACCAAAUGAUUACGUUAGGUGGCGACGCAGAGUUAGAACUUGUAGACUCGUUGGACCCAUUCACAGAAGGAAUCAUUUUCAGUGUUCGUCCUCCAAACAAAUCGUGGAAGAACAUAUCAAAUCUAUCCGGUGGCGAGAAGACGUUGUCAUCACUGGCUCUGGUGUUCGCGUUACAUUACUACAAACCUACGCCGUUGUAUGUGAUGGAUGAAAUCGACGCGGCAUUGGACUUUAAAAAUGUUUCAAUUGUCGCUAAUUAUAUCAAGGAACGAACGAAAAACGCCCAAUUCAUAAUAAUAUCACUCCGUUACAAUAUGUUCGAAGUAUCAAAUAGAUUGGUCGGUAUUUACAAAACCGAGGACUGUACCAAAUCUGUUACUAUUGAAAAUAAGUUACCUGAACCGGUAACGCCUGCUCAGGAUAUAGAAGUUUAACUACAUACAACCGAGCCACUGACGUCAGCAAUGGAAACUUAUAGGAGUGUGAGGAAAGGGUAUAAUAUAAUAAUACAUAAUAAUUACACCACACCCGUUUGGGCUUCAAAAAGUUCCUAAUAGCGAAGUCGGUAAAAGUUUCAUCUCAAUGUUUAAAGUAUUUUUAUAUGCGCUCAGAAUGAAUUGAUAUUUUGAGAUAAUGUAAGUUAUAUGUUAUAAAAAUGAAAUUAUUAAGGCCUUGUGCAGGGUAGUGCUGCCAAAUUAUAAGCAAACAUUGAUUUGGGCAGUUUUAAACACACCGGGGGGCAAUACAUUUACAUAGGUAUAAUAGGCGCAAUAUUAUUUGCACCGAUUCGUCGUAUCACUUGAUCUGUAGAGUACAAGUAACGCACUUGCCAUCUGUAUAGUGCAAACAAUUAGUUUAAAUACUUUUGCGCGUUGACACUUAAUUCUAAUAUUGGUAAUCUUUAUACGGAACUAACUUUGUUGUAUUAGCAACAAAAGAGUCGGCAGUCGGUAUUUGACGAAGUGCCUAGUAGAUUAAAAAAAACGACUUGAUGAAUAAAUAAUUCAUAAUCUCAGCACAGAGUACUAAAAAAAACCGACCUCAAAAGUAAGUGGAAUUACGUCUCGAAGAAGUGUUAAUGGUUUUAUUACCCUAUUGUGAAAGAAAGGAUAAGUCGUUCCAAGAGAUAAUAUUCAUCGGUGCAAAUAACAUUUCUUCAAUUAUAAUAUGUUAAUUUUCAUUCAUUAAGCUGUUUAUAGACCACAACGCCAUUUUAUUCCACUGUUUUCAUUGUCGCAAAUAAGCAAAGAUUUAAUCUAUUUUUAUUGAUUUUGUAAUGAUUAUAGAUAUCUCAAUAUUUUACUUUAUAGUCUGUAGGUCAAUGAUUUUAUGCGUAAAUUUUAGUAAACGGGAUAAUCGAAAAAAAGUUUUUUAUUGCUGAGGUAAUAAUAUACAUAAAAAGCAGCCCCAGUAGGCGAAAAUAUUGAUUUAAUUUUGUAUGGAAAUAAAGUGUGACGAUCAGCCUUCAUUGUGGCGACUAAAGCAAAAAAAUAAUAUUUUUGAUACAAAUUUUACGCAUCAAAAGUAAUCUUGGGCCAACUAACGGUAACGGCUCUUAUGCUGUACAAGGCCUAAGGCCGAAUAGAUGCAAAGGUAACAAAUUUACCUUUACAUCUAUUUUGUCUGAUGGUACCGAAUAUAGGAAAUUACUCGAAUAUCCAUUUUCUACCAAAAUAUUUCUUCACCAGUCUUCCGCCUGUAUGGCCUUCAUUUGCUAUUUCAAUAUUAGUUUGUUUAAUAAUUAUAACUAACAAACGUUUCCCAGGUUUGCGUAUCGUUUGCCAGGUAUCUCGCCGUAAUCAAGUCAAUUUCAGGGUCCAAUAGUAACUUGAAGACUUUAGCUCUCUGAAACCGUAGCCCGUUCCUAACAAGGUGGAACGACAAGAGCUGUUUCAGCAAACAACAGUGCGCCUUUAUUUGUCCAGAGUCGCAAAUAUAUUAUGUCAAAAUAACUAUACAAGACAUCCUAUAUAAUAUGAAAUUCGGAAAGGUAUGUCUAGGAAAAUGACAAAAAAACAUUGCUUUUGGCUGGUGCCAAAUUUAAUAAAAUUUAAUUUAAUAUGGAAAACUGUACCGAGUUGGAACAAUUAAAUAUCAAACUUAAUCAAUAUUGGCCAUGUUAGUUCACAAUAUUUUGAUAUUUUUCGGGUAAUUUAAAACUUCUGUCAUAUACAUUCCUGUCAUAAACAUAUAUAAAUGCAGCUGUAACUGUUUUUGAUCACGUCUUCGUUAUCGAAGUAGAGUCCAUUCAAAAAAAUUGUAAAGACAAGUGAAAUUUUGAAGGGGCUAUGUCGAAUAUGGUGGAUGAGGCCUCACAUCCCAAUCUGACUACAUAGUUAUAGAUGGCUUUUUGUUCAGUGGCAUAAACCGUACUGACUUUUGGGCCAAACCAUUAAGUAAACUUCUAAUUUAAUAAAUUUUUAAUUAAAAAUUAAUUUUUGUAUUUAUUUUGUCAGUUUCCCAAAAUUUUACUUUUCAAAUAGCGACAUUUUAUUUUUGCGGGGUCAAUGAAGCACAGCCCUCUUUACCUUAGGCUCGACAUCAACAUCGGAAAUGAAAGAUGUGUUUGAACAAAAAAUAGGAUUGCUAUUUUCACUAAGAAAUGAUUCUAUUGGUUUGAUGAAACAACUGUUUUGCUAUAUAAUCACCCUUAUUUUGUAUUGUUAUUCAUACUUACACGAGCUUGACCGGUUAGUCGAAAAUGGAUGCCGAGUAAAAAAAUGUGUUUUAACCAUUGACUUACAAAUAAAUGGACGACGGGUCUAAUACAAAAACCACGAAAAAAAUGUCCCAAGUCAACCUA